UAUUAAAGAAAUUGAGUAUUUAUAUGUUGUUCUCUGCAGGGUUGAAAGAAAGAAAGAAAGAAAGAAAGAAAGAACUGAAGCGAGGGAAGUGUUCCCGCCAUGGGAAUAGAGCGCGUGCAGUGUGACUAUGUCUCUCUGGACGAAACCUUCGAAAUUGGAAAAGAGAAGUAUCACGGUCAACAGUACUGCCAUAUUUACUUCGCACGCCUUCAUUUGAUGCGGACUCUCUUGUAUUCACUCGUUCCUCACUGGAAACCUAAUUUUCCCGUGUGCACGGUGUUGGAAUUGGAAGAGGGCAAGGAAUGUGUCAUUGUUGGAACCCUCUACAAACACAUGCAGCUCAAACCUCGCGUACUUGAUGAGUAUUCUAAGCAGAAAUCAGUGGUUCCACUUGUCAAGCCACAUAACUUCAUGCACUCUGAUGAUUACCUAGUUUUGGAAGAUGAAAGUGGGCGGGUUAAGCUCAGCGGAAAUAUCAUUCCGCCUGAAUAUGUAACAGGAAUUGUGGUCGCUGUACUUGGAAAGGAAAGUGGGGCAGGUGACUUUUUGGUUCAGGAUGUACUAGAUGCUGGCUUACCCCCACAGAUAGAAUUCCCCCUUAAAUCAGGGGAAGACAAAUACGUUGUUCUUGUGUCAGGUUUAAGUGUUGGUAGCAGCACCUCUAAUCCUCUUCAGUUUCAGCUUCUCAUUGAUCAUAUUACGGGGCAUUUAGGGGAUGAGAAGGCACAACUUUUUGCAUCAAAAAUUGUUCAAGUUGUCUUUGCUGGGAAUUUAGUUGAGAUACCUCACAGAAUUCUUAAUGGACAGAAUUUGGCUUCAGAAGAUUUUGCAAGAAUGUCUGAGCCAAUAAGGGAGCUAGACAUUCUGUUGAGUCAGAUAGCUGCUGGUUUGCCUUUGGAUAUUAUGCCAGGACCCAGUGACCCUGCGAAUUUCUCAUUGCCACAACAGUCAUUGCAUGAAUGCCUUUUCCCUGGGUCGUCAUCGUAUAAUACUUUCAGAUCCUGUACAAAUCCUCAUUCUUUUGAGCUUGAUAAUGUCAGGUUUCUUGGGACAUCCGGUCAAAAUGUAGAUGAUCUUGACAAAUAUUCAGAUGCAAAAGAUAAACUUGAAUUCAUGGAAAGGACAUUAAGAUGGAGGCAUUUAGCACCCACCGCACCUAAUACUCUUGGGUGCUUUCCUUUUACUGAGAGAGAUCCUUUCUUCAUUGAGAGUUGUCCUCACGUUUACUUUGUUGGAAAUCAAGAUAAAUUUGAAACUCGUAUCAUAAAGGGAUCAGAAGGGCAGUUGGUGAGACUCAUAUGUGUUCCUAAAUUCAGUGAAACUGGAGUUGCUGUUAUGGCAAUGGAUUGUUGUCCCUCUGAACGUACUAACGAGACUCACUUUAGGCAUUUCAUUGCAGUCUAUUUAAUCUUUAGAAUGGGUUUCUAAAUGAUUAAAAGCUAAAAAUAUGGUUCAUAGCUAGAAUUUCAAUGUUAUCUGAAAAUUUAAAAGAACUAUCAUCUGAAAAUUAUGUUGUUACUCUUUUGACAAUUUUCUAUACGUGAAAGAUUCAUGAAAGAUUUUGGUGUUGGCCUGUGCCAGAGAUAACUGGGUAUUUCCAAUUAUUUUGGUUACGGAUUAGUCACGUGAGACAAAUAGGUUUUGGUAUGUAGAUUGUCUUUUUCUACCAUUAUGGACAACGGCAAUAUUUCCUCCAAGGUCCCUUAGCCCCAGCUGUACGAUGGUUGAUAUGGUUUCCAGUUGGGUUGAAGACAAUGCUUGUAAAUCAGUUAAUUUUGAAAUUUAAUGAAUAAAAUAAUAAAGCCCUUUGCAAAAUUUUUAGCUGCUCGUGUUAUUGACUGUUAAUAUGCCAAGAACUUUACCGACCUAGCUAGUAAUCUCUUGUCUUCUCUGAAAAAGAAGUUUUAGUUCGAUCCUACAUGGCUGUCACUGAUGCUAUUCUGGAAUGAUUUAUAUUUGAUGAAAAUGUAGUUAAGAGCAAUAUUCUGUAGGAUUACUAUUGCUGAAGGUUGUUUUCUUUGCUUAAUG